UUUAUCAUCAUAAAUAAAACAAAUUAAUUAUAUUAUAAUAAAUAAAAGCCCAAUAUUUCUUUAAAUCAAACAAAAAAAGACAUGAAAAUAGUAUCCUAAAAGAAUGAACUAAUGUUUGUCAUUAUGUUGUAUCUGUUCAAAAUUUAGUGUUUUGUCUCAAUAUCGAUAUCUUGUACCAUGGAUCAACCACUUUCAUUGAAGUUAGCUUCUAUGAGCCUUAUAUCACAACGUAAAUUAGAGAGUAUCCUGGCUUUGUGCGGUGACAAGAAGGAUCUCAUAAUAGAUCCCAUUCUCAUUAAACCAUUGGAGAGGAUAUGUGGCGUUGGUUGGCUAAGGCAACAUGGAAUUGACAAGAUUUACAAAAUGGACCCUCAGUUGGGGCCAACGGCUAACAUAAACAAAGUCUAUUUCAUACCAGCCAGCGUCCAGAAAUACAAAUGUGUUUUAGACCAUAUCUCAUCGCUAAUAAGUCAGAAUGCCUCGUUAGCAGAUUUGGGAUGUUUCCACAUAAUAAUUGUACCAAAAUUUAUUUGUUCUUAUGACUCCAUACUUGAGAGCCGUGGCUUAUAUGGCAUUGUCAAGUUACAUUCUUUUUCAUGGGAGCUAAUGGCACUAGAUGAGCAACUUAUGAGUCUGGAGUUGCCAUUUUUGUAUAAGCAAUUGUUUGUUGAACAAAACCACUCAUUAUUAUCUAGUGUUGCCAUGUCAAUAUGGAGUUUAUUUCAUGUUAUUGGUAAACCAAAGAUAUUAUUCUCUGUGGGUAAGCUUUCAGCCAGUGUAUUAGAUAUAUUAGAAGUUUAUAAUGAGACAUAUGCAAGAGAUUUUUUAAACAAUAAUAGUUCUCAAGAAAUAGGGGCAUUAAUAUUGAUUGAUAGGAAUCAGGAUUAUCAAUCAAGUUUACUCACACCAGCCACAUAUAGUGGCUUACUGAGUGAGCUCUUCAAUAUUAACUGUGGACAUUUAGAUCUCAAUGUUAAGGAAACAAUACAGAAAAAAGGUAAAAUGGAUUUUGGUUUUAAGGAUGAAGAUGUUGCCUCUAAGAAUGCAGUAAUGACAUUAGAUAGUUCUAUAGACAACCUCUAUGGAGAGAUAAAACAUAGACAUUUCUCUGAAGUUCUAAGUGUGCUGAGUUCGAAAGCAAAGCUAUUGAAGAAUGAAGAUAUUAAAGCGUUAGGUAUUCAAGAAAUGAAGCAUUAUGUCACAACAAAGUUACAACAAGUUGCAUUAUUCAAACAAAAUCUAGUCAACCAUGUAUUAGCUUGUGAAACUAUAAUAUCAGAUAUGAGUCAAAAAUUUGAAAAUCUAAAAUUUACAGAAACUGAUAUGUUGAAUAAUAGAAAUAAAAAAGCUAACUUCACAUUUGUUGAUGAGAAUUUUGGCACUGAUAUUCAUAUAUACAAUAGCCUGAGACUAAUGUGUCUUCUCAGUUUGACUCAGGGCUUAUCUUACGAUGAAUACAACUCUCUUGUUAGCAAAUAUUUGAUGGCUUUUGGAUAUAAGUAUCUCUAUGUGUUCAACAAUUUAGUUAACGCUGGCUUGUUGGUUCAACCUUCUAGUCCAAAACUGUCACUAAGUAUUUCAAAUUUAAGUGAUAGAUUACCGAAAUGGCAAAGUGGCUUUCAAGUGGCUGCUAAUAAAUUGAAACAACUACCAUCUCAACCAGAUAAAGUUAACAAGUCAUCACCGAGCUAUGUCUUUAAUGGUGGUUAUGUUCCACUCACAGCAGUUCUAUGUAAUACAAUUUUAACAUCGGAGUCUCUAGCUGAGGUGUUCACUAAAUUAUCAGCUUUAUCAGAUCUGAGAGUAGGGGGAGAUAUUCUUGAGAAAUUCAGUAAUGGAAUGGAGACAUUGAAUCAGAAACUAUCGGACUUAAAGUUGCAAAGUGACUUAGAGUUUGGGUGUAAAGAUGCUAAAGGCUUGUCGAAGUUGAUGAAGAAUGACCCAAAUAUUGGUAAUGUUUUUCCAUUGAAGCCUAAAAGUGUAUUUAUUUAUGUUAUUGGGGGUGUGAAUUAUGCUGAAAUAGCAGCCUGUGAUCUGGUACAGAUUUCAACAGGCAGUAAAAUAUAUAUUGCAAGUGACUGUGUCGCGAGUGGCAGAGAUUUGUUAGUAGCAAGUACUUGAAUGUGAUAUAGUAUUAAGAUUUUUGUAACAUAAUUUCAGACUUUUAUUGGUAGAUUUUUUAAAGAGUUGUCCGCAUACAUAUUUCUGCUGAGGAUUAACCUCCGGAAUGGCAA